AUGUCAGAGUCAUAUCAGUUAGAUGCACCGAUAGAGGAAGCGCUCCUGCUGAACUCUGUACCAGGAACAGGUGUUCAACAACCUGAGGAUACUGGCAAUCAAGUAAUCUGCGUCGGUGAGGACUCUGCUGCGUCCUGCUGCAGUGACAAGUACCACAGGAAGCUGGCCAUCGCUAGCAUCAUCUGCGGGUUCUCCUGCUUCGGAGUCCUAGCCUUGAUUUAUUCUGUAAAGGCUGAGAAUGCUGACAAAGCUGAGAAAGCCAAGCGGACAAGAGAAAGGAGAGCUGCAAAGUAUUUAAGACAGGCCAAAAAAUGGGGCAUCAUCUCUGUCGUGACAUGGAUUUCCAUCCUGGUGUUAGCUUCUUUGACACUGGUAUUACUGGUGCUGGUCCUAUCAAACCUGGGCUUUGAUUGACGAACCUCAGUGGAGCACGUCCAGGGGAGUGUCUUUAAAGAUUCUGAUCAACUAUAUCACCAAAGCUGUAGAGUAACUAAA